AUGGCUGCGGAUUUUUCGUCGCUGGUGCGAAAUGUCCUGGAGGCUAAAGCGAACCAGCUCCUGGAGGUGAGCAAGUUCCUCUGGGAGAAUCCGGAGACAGCCCUGCAUGAAACAAAGGCCCACGACAGGCUGUGCGACUUUCUAGAGAGAGAGGGCUUCAAAGUGAGACGACGCCACUACAUGGACACGGCGUUCAGGGCUGAAUACGACGCUCCGGGAGGCACCGACGGCCCCACUGUGGCACUCAUGGCGGAGUAUGACGCCUUACCUGACAUUGGCCACGGCUGUGGCCACAACCUGGUCGCACAGAGCGUGCUCGGAGCCGCCAUGGCCGUCAAGGAGGCUAUGCUGAAGGUCGCCAAACUAAGGGGAAAGGUACGCUACGGCGCCAUCGACUACGAACAGUGCUUAGGAAGUGUUCAAGAACAGUGCUCAGCUGAAGUUUCAAAGACAGUGUUCUGA